CCUUAUCCGUGCGUGUCCGUGCGAGCGAACGGGGGGGCGAGGAGGUAAAAAAAGGAAAGGGCCGCUCUCGGGAAGACCGAAAAGAUGAAGUGCCGCCGAUAGGGACGCCCCAGCGUGGCCCAGAGCGCCCGUCCCGACGACGAGAAGCUCCCAGGUGCGAGUCGGCGGAAUCCCUCGGUCCUCGAGCCGAAGGGUGCACUCGGAACUCCAAUUUCCUUCGCUCGGCGGCGCGCGCGUGUGGAUGCGGUCGAGGAGGGUGUCCCGCACGACGGCUGUGCGCGAAUCACGCUUCCCCGAGGUACCCGCCGAGUCCCGGUCGCUUCUCGCCGAUCUCCGUCCGCGGCGUCGACGCCGCCUCCAGGAGCGGACGCAUCGAUCGUCCUCGCCGAGCCAGAAGCCAGCUCGAUUCAGCGAUUCUCCUCGCCGAUGAGCGGUGCUCGACCCUCGGACGAGGGAGUACGUACCCGAUUUUAGAUCCACUCGACGCUACGAGUCCGCUUUCGCUUCGGCAAAGUAUUCCAGAAAGAGGGGAGACCAAGCUCACGGGCUGCCGGAAAACGCUAGCCUGUCGUCGUUUUGGCUGGUGUCUCCGCAGCGGAGGAGCAAAAUAGGAGACGGAGCAUGGUCGGAGGCAGCCCCACUGGAGCGUGAAGAGUUAUUGUGGCGAGGCUCCGGAAGGAUAGGACGAAGGUUUGCAGAUGGACACGACUUGUUCGGAUGGAUCAAAAGGUAGCGGAGAAUGCCGAUCAUAGGCUGGCGGUAUUUGCAGCUACGCUAUUUCCUUUGCUCGGGACCGGACGCGGUCGGGACUCCGAUUCAAGGAAUUUCUUGCUACUUUAGCGACGCUACCAACUAUAGGUAGUAAAAAAAUUUGUAAAUUGGUCGAAUUCGGUCCAUGGACAGUGGCCGAGGGAAAUUAGAGGUCUGGAUAGAAUUGUUUCUAGAACGCCACACUUAGGAUACUGACUAUCUACAAGAUAGUACGUCACGACGACGAAGAGGACGGUAAUCUCUCGUCGAUACGGAGUAAACGCGUAAAACGCAGCAACGCAGCGACGGAGGGUAGAUCGGCAAGAAGGGAUCAGGAGUAGGAGUACCGUCAUGUCGGACGAAGAAGACAAACCACCCGCACCACCGGUUCGACUCACCUCAAACAGAGGUGAGUCGACACCCAACCUGCCUGUAGACAUGCGUCCACUACCCAAGGAGCCAGAGUCGGAAGAACGAAAGAAGAAGACCCUUAAGGGGAAGAUUAAGGUCAAGGAAAAUAAGGACAAGCCCAAUAUCAGUUAUCCUACCAACUUUGAACACACCGUACAUGUGGGCUUCGAUGCUGUCACCGGCGAGUUCACGGGGAUGCCGGAGGCUUGGGCGAGGCUCCUGAUGUCCAGCAACAUCAGCAAGCAGGAGCAGAAGAAGAACCCACAGGCGGUGCUGGAUGUCCUGAACUGGUACGACAACAGCAGCAAGGAGGCGAAGGGAUCCAAGUACAUGACGACGACGAAGAUGGUGGGAGUAGUAGCGCCGAUAGAAAGAGCAAGCAGUCCACGAAGCAUGGGCGUUGGAAUAGGCGUCGGGAUGGGGAACGUCCGCGCCCAGGCGAUGUCCCAGGCGUCCGGUAGUUCCCAUUCUCAGCACUCCCUGAGCAGAGUGAGCAGUAGUCCGAGCAGUACACCGACAGACGCCUGCGCGACAAGUUCCGAGCAAGAGGACGAACCACCACCGCCGCCGAUCGCGCCGAGGCCCGAGCGCACGAAGUCCAUCUACACGAAGCCCAUCGAGGAGGAACCGCCGCCGCCGUCGUUGCCGACAUCGCUAGGAUCGCCGCAACGGAACGGCACGCCUCAGCAACAGCAACAGUCCCAGCUUGAUAGAAAUAAGAACCAGACGACCCCAACAUCCACGACGACCGACCAGUCCAGGCCCGCCCAGAGCGACAAGGCGAGGAAGAAGAAGAUGUCCGACGACGAGAUACUGGAGAAGCUGCGGACGAUCGUCAGCGUCGGAGACCCCAACCGAAAGUACACCAAAAUGGAGAAGAUCGGCCAGGGGGCUUCCGGCACGGUCUACACGGCGAUCGAGACGUCGACUGGAAUGGAGGUCGCGAUAAAGCAGAUGAACCUCUCCCAACAGCCGAAGAAGGAGUUGAUUAUAAACGAGAUCCUGGUUAUGCGGGAGAACAAGCACCCUAACGUGGUCAAUUACCUGGACAGCUACCUCGUGGGCGAGGAGCUCUGGGUCGUGAUGGAGUACCUACCCGGGGGCAGUCUAACCGACGUCGUCACCGAGACCUGCAUGGACGAGGGCCAGAUCGCGGCCGUCUGUCGGGAGGUACUGCAGGCCCUCGAGUUCCUCCACUGCAACCAGGUCAUUCACAGGGACAUCAAGUCGGACAACAUCCUGCUGGGCCUGGACGGCGGGGUCAAGCUCACCGACUUCGGCUUCUGCGCCCAAAUCUCGCCGGAGCAGAGCAAACGCACCACCAUGGUCGGCACGCCUUACUGGAUGGCCCCUGAAGUGGUCACGAGGAAGCAGUACGGCCCCAAGGUCGAUAUCUGGUCACUGGGUAUAAUGGCAAUCGAGAUGAUAGAGGGCGAGCCUCCGUAUCUCAACGAGAACCCUCUGAGGGCGCUCUACCUGAUAGCGACGAACGGCAAGCCGGAGAUCAAGGAGAAGGAGAAGCUCUCCGGGAUCUUCCAGGACUUUUUGGACCAAUGCCUAGAGGUCGAGGUGGAGAAGCGCUCGGCGGCCUCGGAACUCCUGAAGCACCCUUUCCUGAAGCUCGCCAGGCCACUGGCCUCCCUGUCGCCUCUGAUCAUGGCGGCGAAGGACGCGGCGAAGGGUCACUGAGCUCCGCCCUCGACCUUCGCCAUCAGGUGAAACGAAAGGUACGGCGUCCCCCUCCUGGCACGCGAAGAGGUCAGGGCUCGAACAAACGAUAAAUAAGAAUCACCCUCCCAAAACGGUAACGGCACAAUAAUUCAAUAAUAUAUGUAAUGAAUGAAUAACGUAUACAUAUAUAUAUAUAUAUAUAUAAAU